AUGCACAUUGUUGGCCUGGCUGGUCCGCCAGGUGCUGGAAAAAGCACUCUUGCACAUGAAGUAGUCAGCCGGUUAAACAAGCUUUGCCCAGAGAGAGCUUCUUCCAUGGACUCCCAGGUUCAACCUCCUGAUGUUGCUAUUGUAGUUCCCAUGGAUGCAAGGGAAAUUAUAUUUCUGAAUGGUGUUUUUGAUAAUAGAAUCCAGAGGAAGCACAUGCCAGAAGGGGAGGGAUUCGUCUAUGUUCCAUCAUUUGACCAUGGGGUUGGGGACCCAGUGGAAGAUGAUAUCUUUGUGAAUGUUCAGUGA